UUUUUCCCAAUUUCCCGUGGUUUUUCCCCAUUCCCAGCAGUGUCCAGGUCGUUCCCGUCGGGCUCAGCCGGGGGCUCCGGAAAAUCCUGCGGGAAAAAUUCCCCAACCUGGCGCGGAUGGGGGACGUCAGCGAGCUCCUCCUGGGUGACCCCGCCCUGUCCGAGAGCGAGGCGGAGCCGGACGGGCCCCAGAACGUUCUGGAACUGGCACAGAACUGUGCGGGGCGCGGGAACGCGGCGACACAGCAGAGCGCCAUCAGGGUGACAGAGAUCGGGCCCCGUCUGACGCUGCAGCUGCUGAAGGUGGAGGAGGGGCUGGGCCAGGGCAACGUCCUCUACCAUGGGCUGGCCCCCAAGGGGGAGCAGGAGCUCCGCGAGCUCCAGGCCCGGCGCGAGCGGCGCCUCCAGGUGAGGGCGGAGCGGCGGCGGCUGCAGGAGCAGAACCUGGAGAGGAAACGGAAACAGCGCGAACAGAACAGGCAGCGCAGCCUGGCCGGGAUGGGCCGGGCCCCAGGUGCCCCCUCAGGUGCCACCAGCCCAGGUGCCACCACAGGUGCCACCCCUGGGGGUGACAGCGACGCCGAGGACCCGGGCACACCUGGGCCAGGUGAGGCCGAGGCGUCGGAGGAGGACGAGGCCGAAUAUUACAGAGAGGAGCUGGGGGAGGAGCCCGACGCAGAUUUGUUCCCUGGCAGCUCCAAGAGGAAGCGAAGCCGCUCGGCCGCGCCCCGAGCCCCGAAACGGCGGAAAAGGAGCCCAAAAUCCACCCCUGGAACCCCAAAAUUCACAUCUGGAACCCCAAAAUCCCACUCAGGAACCCCAAAAUUCACAUCUGGAACCCCAAAAUCCACACCUGGAACCCCAAAAUCCCAUCCAGGAACCCCAAAAUCCCACUCAGGAACACCAAAAUUCACACCUGGAUCCCAAAAAUCCACACCUGGAACCCCAAAAUCCACACCUGGAACCCCAAAAUCCCAUCCAGGAACCCCAAAAUCCACCCUGGAACCCCAAAAUCCCAUCAUGGAAAGCCCAAAUUUCAUCGUGGCACCCCAAAAUCCCAUUCAGGAACCCAAAAUUCACCCUGGAUCCCAAAAAUCCACACCUGGAGCCCCAAAUUCACACUGGAACCCAAAUCCCAUCCAGGAACCCAAAGGAAAUCGCCCCAAAAAAUGA